UUUUAACAUAGUGGCAACACUACUGACCUUUUAGGCUGAUGAAAAAAGUGGACGAAAUAAAAUCAAUUAAAUUAUAGUAAAGAUCAAAAUUAAUCUCAACAGUGUGCAAUACAAAAUAUAUAUGUGGAUUCAGGCAACUACAUAUUCAAGCAAUAUUAGGACAACAUCAUAAGCAGGCUAGGACAUAUAUAGUAGUGUGUAAAUAUUACAUUUUCAUAAAUUUACGCACACACACAUACAAGCAAGUGUAUUGACAAAGUGCGCCCUGGCGUGAACACCACGUAAACGUUAUCAUAGUAAACCGCAAAUGGAAGGCAACAAGGAUGAGGCACAGCGGUGCAUUGAUCUAGCCGUGCAGUCCCUUGCCGAGGGCAAGACCGACAAGGCUGAGAAAUUCCUAAUCAAAGCAGAGAAAUUAUAUCCAUCGGAGAAUGCUAAGAAACUUUUGGCUCAGAUCAAGAGCACACCCAAUCAGGCCACCAAUGGCAAGUCUCGACCAGCUGCUACGAAUGAGGAAAAGAAUACAGGACCAAGGAAACGUGUGAAUUCCGAUUCAAGAAGUAGUGCCGCCGACUAUACAACUGAUCAGUUGGAGGCAGUGAGAAAGAUUAAAAAAUGCAAGGACUACUAUGAAGUUUUGGGUGUGAGUAAAACUGCUACGGAUUCGGAGAUUAAGAAGGCCUACAAGAAAUUGGCUUUGCAAUUGCAUCCAGAUAAAAAUAAGGCUCCUGGAGCUGUAGAUGCCUUUAAGGCUUUGGGUAAUGCGGCUGGUGUCUUAACCGAUGCCGAGAAACGUAAAAAUUAUGAUCUAUAUGGCAUUAAUGAGUCACAUGGCGGACAUGGCAAUAACAGUGCGGCCAAUCAUCAUGGUCAUGGACAAUACUACAAUGAAUAUGGCUUCUCGCGUGGCUUCCAGGCCGAUAUCAGUGCCGAGGAGCUAUUCAAUAUGUUCUUCAAUGGUGGAUUCCCUCAGCAAAACGUCUAUAUGCGACAGCAAAGACGUCGUCAUCAGGCACGCGAAGAAAGAGAUGGCAACAAUUCAUCAGCUUUAAUAAACUUACUGCCGAUUCUACUACUUAUUGGUCUAUCAAUGAUGUCGUCAUUCUUUAUAUCUGAUCCCAUGUAUAGUUUAACACCUUCACAUAAAUAUUCUGUGAAACGUGAGACGAACGGACUCAAGAUACCAUAUUAUGUCAAGGAUAAUUUCUAUUCAGAAUAUCAAGGAUCGGUGGCGAGAUUAGAGGAAUCCGUAGAAGAAGAUUUUGUUAAUCAUUUGAAGCAUUCAUGCAGUCGUGAACGAAAUUAUCGUGAUUCUAUGCUGGCAAAGGCGCGCACCUUUGGCGACCGAGAUCUGUAUCGAAAGGCGCAAAAUAUUAAUACGCCGUCUUGUGAGAAUCUGCAAAAGUAUUUAACAACAUAAUUUAGUUGAAAUAUGUCUUUGCAAAAACACGUUCUAGAUAUCAUGUUAUUUAUUAGCAUGAUAAUUGUUUUACCAUUUUUUUUCAUCGUUUGUUAUAUAUACAUCUCUUGUGGUUUUUAGUUAAUUAUUAUCUGCUUCGAUUUAUUUCUCUGUCAUUAUAGUCAAGUCAAAGAUUCAUUUCUUUUGGCUCAUCCAAACUUGUCGAUAUAUCCUUGCAGAUUGUGUCAUUGUUAAAUUCAGUUGCUAAGGCGGCAGCAUACCAAAAAAUAUGAUUGUACAAAUUAUGCGAAUGCAAAAUUAGUUAAGAUAAUGUAUCUGAAACGCUUUAGCAAUAAGUUUUUACCCAUUUCCAUAAUUGUCUCUACUUUGGCUAUAUUUGAAUUUGAAUGGCAAUUAAAAAAAGCUGUGAAUGGUCUUUUACGAUGAAAAGAACAACAAAUUCAGUUUGUUUCAAGGUCUUUUUAUGGAUUCUUUUAUCAAUAAACUAUUUAAAAUUGUAAAGUUAAAGUAUUAAAGUUCAAUCUGCAAGGCUAUAUAGCAAUUAGAUAAUUCGUUCUCACAUUUGAUUGUUACACGGAGUUGUUUUCAAUGCAGAUUGUUUCUAAAAUUUAUAAAAUUUCAGCAGAAUAUGAAAAUUUUCUGCCUAAUCUUUAUCUAAUCUUUUGAAACUGCAAUAGAUCUACUUUAAUUAUUAAGUAAUCACUAAUUUAUUGUGAGCUCUGGGAAAAUAGCGCACGGAGUUUCAGAAUUAUGUAUUGAGAACAACUACCUUAUAAUAUAUUUUCAUCAAGCAUUUCGCUUAUUCCUUUCAUUCAACACAUCACAACUAGAGAUCAUUCUUGAAAAGACAUCCUAAGAUCAUGCCUACAUACAUAAGUGCAACGCAACUGCCAAACCAAAAAUAUUAAAAAUCAACAACAAAUGCGGUAGGCUGAGUAAACCUAACUAAAAAAAAGGGAUAUAUCAAAUCAUUGUUUAUAAUUGGCUUAAACUUGUUAAUGAAAAUUGUAAACAGUUUUAACUCAAGGCGGUUAGCAACGCAAUCUAUUCUAAAUAAAUAUUAGUUUGAUCCGUA